AUGUAUUCCUUGAGAGAAGGCUCUGCUCACCAUGUCCUCCAGCUCAUCAAGCAACUCAGUGCUACCCCUACCAUUAGUGCCCAAGGAGGUCCCACCACUCUCGACGCACAGGCCGCUCUCAGGGCGAAUAAAGAAGUUUUCUUUUUUCGGCUGGAACGUGAGAUAGAAAAAGUCAACGUCUUUUAUCUCCAGAAAGAGGCAGAGUUUUCGCUUCGUCUCAAAACAUUGCUUGAUAAGAAAAGAGUGAUUCAAGCAAGAAUAGCUGCGAGCUCGAGACUCUCUGCCAGCUUCGCCACCUUGGUCGAGGGUUUCCAACAAUUUGACAAUGAUCUCAACAAACUUCAACAAUUUGUUGAAGUCAACGAAACCGCAAUUUCAAAAAUUCUGAAGAAGUGGGACAAAACGUCAAAGUCAAGAACGAAAGAGAUCUACCUCCAACGAGCCGUCGAAAUCCAACCGUGCUUCAAUCGCGAUGUACUGCGCGACCUCGCAGACCGAGCAACAACGGCAAGACUCGAUUUGGAGGCAUGGGCUGAGGGUGAAAACAUUCAGUAUGAGGUAUCUAGGCAACAAGAUCGCAUGAUUGGACAACGUGUGGGCACGGAAGAAAGCGACAUCGAUAUUCAAAUCCUUCAGGCCUCAGCCGCAGGUAACACUGCCGCCCUACGCGAAUGGUUUGCGAGAUUGGGCACCUCUCCAGACGCACGCGAUCGUUUCACCAGAAUAUUCCUUGCGACAAUCUCUGAAGCACCCGACGAUUCUUUGAACUUAUUCCUACACUCAGACCUUGUCGAUAUUCAUGCCGAGGAUGACAUCAACGAACGGAAUUGUCUACACGAAGCUGCAAUCUAUGGCAAAGACAUUGCAUUGGACUAUGGUCUCAGCCAUGGAGUUGACCUUACGCGUUUGGAUGUAUACGGCAGGGUACCAUUGCACUAUGCAUGCUUGAGAGGACGCCUUGCAAUGGUCGAGAAAUUGUUGGCAGCAGGGCCGAACACUAUCGACAUGAAAGAUCAUGACAACUUUACGCCGUUGAUCCACAGCAUUGUGCGGCACCGAGUCGAUUGUGUUCGCCUUCUCCUUGCCAACAACGCGAGAAUCGACCCACAAUCUGACGCGGAUCACAUUCCCUUGAACUUGGCCUGUCAACAUGGAUCUAUCGAAGUUGCAGCUCUGCUGUUGGAAAGAAACGCAAAACUUCUUCCUGACGCAGAGGGUCUUUUCCCCCAACAUCUCGUCGCCCGAUCGAGCGAAAAAGCCGAUCUUCUUCUUCUGUUACGGCAGCAUGGGGCGGAUCUAAAUCAGCGCGACAAGUUGUACCAAUGGACGCCACUUUUCCAUGCAGCAAGCGAGGGUCGAGUCGAGUGCUUGCGGGCGCUGCUUGAAAACAGUGCUGAUCCCGAGGCACUGGACGAAAAGGGCCUCACAGCAAUGUAUUAUGCAACAUGGGAAGGUAAUUUGGAAUGCAUGGAACUUCUUUGGGCGCAAAGCAGCCACCAUCGCGCCGAACGCAGAUCUUCCACUAUGUUGGGCGCCGUGGUCCCUCCCCACAGCCAGAUGUUGGCUAUGGAGAUCACGCCGGAAGAGCCUACAGGAGCCGAUGCCGAUGGUAUACCUGAUCUAUCCCUGCCGCCACCCAUCAUCCCUCUGCGCCGCUAUGGACACAACUUCCUCGACACGAAAACCUUCAUCGCCCUCAACUUUGACCGGACGUCGAAAGCCAUACAAUUUUUCAACGAAGCAAGGUAUCCUGCCGCCCGCUUGACCAUUUCUUCGAAAACGUCCGACCUCAUUCCUCGUAAUCUAAUGCUGCCUAUACAGGAGGACGCUAGGUCAGUCUACUUUCAAGUGGACAACCUCAGCACUUUCUCUGUGGAUUUCGAGAUCUACCCAACCUUCGGAUCCAAAGUGAUAGCCAAGUCAGUCGCCCUUCCUGACGUUUUUCGGGCGAUCGAAAGCAGCGCUGGCACCUGCUGUCUUCCACUAUUUGACCCCAGACUCCGGUCAGUGGGCCAGAUACAGUUCGAUUUCCAAGUCAUCAAGCCGUACAAUGGUACACCACUUGAGAUCACGCAAUUCGCCCCGUACUGGAAAGCUACAAGCGCUCUAGACGAUCACAGCGGACUAGUUACAGGCUCAAGUCUCUCUGGAGAUUACCUCAGACUAACAAUACAGCUUACCAGGGACGGUGUUCCAGUGAGCUACCCAUCUUAUUUCGUGACGUACAACAACCUCGACGUCUCGCUGUGUCAGCUCAAGUAUGAGGUACUCAUGAGACUUGGCUUGACGAGUGGUCUUCUCAACAGUGACGGGACACCGACACUGGAGAGUGUGGAUAUCAUUGAAUGGCGAGAUCGACUUUCUGGCUCGGUCUUCGCCCUCCGAGAGAUUCUGGCCGCAGUACCGGCACAUAUCAACCUCAACCUGCACAUUCUAUAUCCAACCAACCAUGAAGAUAUCAAUCUGGGAGUCUAUUCCAACAUUGACAUUAACACCUUCGCCGAUGCAAUUCUGACCGAAGUCUUCGAUCAUGCCAGAGCCUUACGCGCACAAGGCCCAGAUCUGACUCGAUCUAUCGUAUUCUCUUCAUUCAACAGCAAUAUCUGCACUGCCCUGAACUGGAAGCAGCCAAACUUCCCUGUCUUACUCUGCAACGAUUUGGGCGGUGUGCAGAGCUCGUACCAUUCAUCUGCGAAUAUACUCCAACCUGCCUCCCGACGAGGCACUUCGAUUAAAGAGUCUGCGCGCUUGGCACAGCUGAACAACUUUAUGGGGUUGACUUGCUCGGCACGGAUUUUACAGAUGGUGCCUGCUUUGACAGAGACUAUCAAGCAAGCAGGGCUGGUGCUUGUAUCCGAUGCCUCGGCGGAUGACGAUAAUGGGGGCCAACAGCAAUCUCAUUUGCAGGGACAAUCGCAGAGCUCGGGAUUCGCGAUGAUACCGGAUGGCGUGAACGGGGUUAUGAAGACGAACGGCGUUCUACGAUUCAACGAAACGGUCGACAUGUGA